AUGGAGGCGGCAGUUGAGGUGAAAGACUUCAGGCCCAUCAAAAGGAUCAAGCUUGUGAUUGAUAAGCUCAUUUCAGCCAAUCAGCAUGCUUUUAUUGAAGGGAGGAAGAGAACUGAUACAGCUAUAGUGGCCAAUGAAUUUCUUGAUCAACUACUGAAGUCAAAAAAGAAAGGGAUAGCUUGUAAGCUUGAUCAAGAAAAGGCUUAUGACCAUGUUAAUUGGUCGUGUCUGCAAAAUAUUUUUAAACAGAUGAAUUUUUGUGAUAAAUGGAUUGGAUGGAUCAGGUAUUGUAUAUCCACUGUUGGAUUUUCCAUUAUGAUCAGAGGGAGCCCACAUGGUUUCUUUAAAGCUCAAAGAGGAUUGGGACCAGGAGAUCUGUUAUCUCCUUAUUUAUUUACUUUGGUGAUGGAAGUUCUUAGCAUGAUGAUAAGGUGGGCAGAAAAUUUUGGCUGGAUAAAAGGAAUGAGCUUUGGAAGAACUGGUGGUGAUAGUGUGACUAUUUCCCAUAUUCUAUAUGCUGAUGAUACCCUGCUGUUGUGUGAAGCACAUAGAAAGCAUUUGUUGUAG